UUCCACUACAUAUAUGCCCACAAGUUUACCACUGUUGUUGUGUUUCAUAUCAAUCCACAAACCAUCGAUCAGGUGAGAGAGAAAUAGAGAGAGAAAGAGAGAUUUGAGUUCUUUAAAGAACAACAACUUGCUAGCAGCUAGCUAGGUUUUGGUUGUGGUGUUCUUUGAGGAAUCAAAUAUAUAUAAUUAUAGUAGAGAUUGAUUAAUCAUGUCUGUUGAUUUAUCAGCUGAACAACUCUGCUACAUCCCUUGCAACUUUUGCAAUAUUGUUCUUGCGGUGAGUGUUCCAUGCAGUAGUCUCUUUGACAUAGUGACCGUCCGAUGCGGGCACUGCACUAAUCUGUGGUCCGUAAACAUGGCAGCUGCCUUUCACUCUCUCUCCUCAUGGCCGGAUGUUCAGGCGCCAAACUAUGGGUCGCCCAACUAUAAGAUGGAUAUGGGUUCUUCUUCAAGAGGCAACAUGAGCAGCAACAGCAACAACACCAGAAUUGGGAUGAGGACUCCUUCAACUACUGUCACCGAGCAAAGGACAGUGAAUCGACCUCCAGAGAAGAGGCAGCGAGUACCAUCUGCCUAUAACCAGUUCAUAAAGGAAGAAAUUCAGAGGAUUAAGGCAAAUAAUCCAGACAUAAGCCACAGGGAAGCAUUUAGUACUGCUGCAAAAAAUUGGGCACACUUUCCUCACAUCCAUUUUGGGUUGAUGUUGGAUACCAACCAGGCAAAACUUGAUCAGGAUUCCUCGAAGCGUAGAAUGCAAAGGGCCGCUGUAUUGAACAAAUAAGGAAGCCAGCCUUAUAAGGAAUGGAAGAUCUGUGAGGCAUAAGAGGAAGAGCACCUUAUUGCUAUGUAUUUUCAAAUCAUGUAUGUUACAUGUUAUAAUCUAAUUUAUUUGCAUUGUGCUACUUAUCUAUUAUAUGUGUGACACUCUCUUUAAUUCUAAUAAACUCUCAGCAUUUAUUGUUUUUCAUAUGA